ACCUCAAGCCGCACCAUGUGCAUCUGGGGCAGGUUUCUGGGAGCCGCACCUAGCCGGGUACUUGGAACACAAGGGGCCGAGGGGCUCUGGGAAACUGAGGCCGCUGCGACAAGAAAGAGGUCUAACGGCACCGACAGGCCUGCGACGUCUUGUGGCCACAAGAGGGCGCCCCGUAGCACGGCCUGGUCCCCGCCCUCGGCCAGGCCAAUUCCCGGUUUCCCUGCCCCGGGCCUCAGUCGCAGCCAGCACUCGCCUGCUUCUUGUCUGCGCGAGCCUACGCAGCUCCUCAGGUGCUUCACCAGUGCAGCAGCCAGUAUGGCGGGUGUGGAGCAGCACGAGGGCACCAUCCAGGUGCAGCAGGGCCAGAGCCUCUUCUUCCGAGAGGCUCGGCCAGGCGGUGGACAGGCUGCCUGCUUCUCAGUUCUGCUGUUGCAUGGUAUCCGCUUCUCCUCUGAGACCUGGCAGAACCUGGGCACGCUGCACAGUCUGGCUCAGGCUGGCUACCGGGCUGUGGCCAUCGACCUGCCAGGUCUGGGGCGCUCCAAGGAAGCAGCAGCCCCUGCCCCUAUUGGAGAGCUGGUCCCCAGCAGCUUCCUGGCAGCUGUGGUAGAUGCCUUGGACCUGGGUCCCCCAGUUGUGAUCAGCCCGUCGUUGAGUGGCAUGUACUCCCUGCCCUUCCUGACAGCCCCCGGCUCCCAGCUCCGGGGCUACGUGCCAGUGGCCCCUAUCUGCACUGACAAAAUCAAUGCUGCCGACUAUGCCAGUGUGAAGACCUCAACACUUAUUGUAUAUGGAGACCAGGACCCCAUGGGUCUGACCAGCUUUGAGCACCUGAAGCAUCUGCCCAACCACCGUGUGUUGGUCAUGGAGGGGGCAGGGCACCCCUGUUACCUUGACAAACCUGGGGAGUGGCACACAGGGUUGCUGGAUUUCCUGCAGGGGCUAGCAUGAAAUCCAGCCCUGCUGAUGGGGGUGGCUGCUGGUCUGCCUUGGGCUCUGUCUCCUUCCUCCUGCCAUGGGUCCCUGCGCAUCAUGUACAUGCAACAGGUGUGUCUCUAUCUGGUUUCUUGUCUUUGGGGUCUAUCUUUUCCUCUUCCUCUUUCUCUUGCAGUGACAGACUUUGGAGGUGAAAUAAAGAAGAAAAGCCCCAGGAAUCAAGAGACAUAAUCUGGUGGAGGGUAAUCCAUUAGAUGGGCUUCUCCUAUAGGCUUUCCUGUUUGCUUGCACCCCUUUUUCUGCCCUGUUCAGCCUCCCCAUCCUGCCUCCAGCUUCUCUUUGGCUGUCCUAUGGGGCAUUCACAUCCCCUACCCCUGCCUUAGACCACACAUACAUCCAGAUACAUCCAUGACCACAUGCAUGCUUACACAUUUAGAGCCAUCUAUAUUCCCAAAUAUGACCCUUCACCUGGGAGCAACUGCAUAGGUACAGGCAACUCUGGGCUGACAUGCACAUUGUCACCUGCAGCUUUGCCCUGCAUGCACUCACACACAUACAUUCUUGUGCCUCCACACAUGCCCCCUCCCAACCAUGCAGCACCCACUGUUCAGGAAGGUGGGGACCCAAUAGGCCAGUCCUAGCAGGAGGCCCUCUGCCAAGCUUAGGGGUAGCCAGCCCUGAACUUCAUUCACCCACAGGUUGCAGCAGGCCCCCCGACCAGAACUGCCCCCCAAAAGGUGACAUCUUUUCGACCCUCAGAUCUCCCUGCCCUCCCCUCCUCUCUUUCUGGGUGCUCCACACCUCCCCAGGUUAUUAGGCCUGCAUCUGCUCAGCCAAGCUUGUUUCCUGCUCUGAGGUUUGGGGGUUGGGGAGACGGAGAGUGGAGAGUGGAGGUCGGUGAAAUAAAGUGAUGCAAUUAGA